AGAAAGUAGGGAGAGAUUCCAACAUGGCGGCGCCCUUACAGUAACACCACAGCAGCUCUCAGACACCAGAGGUCAUGUGGAGACCAACCUGUAGCAAAUGUUUCAGACCAGGAUCUGACGUGUGGCAUGCAUGGAGACGCAGACUGUCUUCUCAAUCUUCCUCCUCCUCCUCAUCAUCAUCAUCCUCAUCAUCACGACCCUUACAGUCUUUUAGGUCUCAAACGGAAAAGGCCAAGCGGAAAAGAAAGAGAGAGACGGCUAUACUCAGCAGCGAUGUUGACAAUGGUGGUAUGAAAUGGUCAGAAAAAGAAAAGAUAACAUACCCUGCAGCAUUCACACCCGGAGAGAAGAAAGAUACCACUCUGCCCCUUCCACAGUCCUACAGCCCGGAGUAUGUGGAGUCAUGCUGGUAUCAGUGGUGGGAGCAGCAGGGAUUCUUCAGCCCUGACAAGCAUGGUGAGAUGCCGCAAGCUGUGGAUAAACAUUUCUCGCUCUGUAUACCACCACCGAACGUGACCGGCACACUGCACCUCGGCCACGCUCUUACGGUGGCAAUCGAGGACGCUCUGGUUCGCUGGAGACGAAUGCAAGGCUACAGAGUGUUGUGGGUGCCGGGCUGUGACCACGCUGGCAUCGCCACCCAGGCUGUGGUGGAGAGGAGGCUGUUACAGGAGCAUGGGAAGCGCAGACAGGACUACGGGAGAGAGGAAUUCCUGCAGGAGGUGUGGAGGUGGAAAAACGAGAAAGGAGAUGAGAUUUAUCGACAGUUGAAAAAACUUGGAGCUUCACUGGACUGGAGCCGGACCUGUUUCACCAUGGACACGAGAUUCAGUAACGCCGUGACCGAGGCUUUCGUCAGGAUGUGUGAUUCGGGGCUGAUCUAUCGCUCGGAAAGCCUGGUCAACUGGAGCUGUGCACUGGAGUCAGCCAUCUCUGAUAUCGAGGUUGACUCCAAGCAGUUAUCAGGCCGGACUCUUCUGUCUGUUCCUGGCUACCAGCGGAAAGUCGAAUUUGGCACCAUGGUUACAUUCGCCUACCCGAUAGAGGGACAGCAAGGAGAGGUUGCCGUGUCGACUACUCGUCCCGAGACCAUGCUGGGAGACGUGGCCAUCGCCGUGCACCCUGACGAUCCUCGAUACCAGGAUCUCCAUGGAAAACAGUGCAGACACCCGUUUACAGACAGGCUGUUACCCGUAAUCACAGACACGAUGGUGGACAUGGAAUUAGGGACGGGAGCGGUGAAGCUGACCCCGGCUCACGAUCACACUGACUUCCGGCUCUCUCAGAGACACUCGUUACCUCGCCUCACCGUAAUUGGGGGAGAUGGAACCAUGACGCCCCUUUGUGGCCCGUGGCUCGAGGGAGUGAAGCGAUUUGACGCCAGGGAGCGCGUGGUUAGCGCAUUGAUGGAGAAAGAGUUGUUCAGAGGGAAGAGGGAUCAUCCCAUGUCUUUACCGAUUUGCAGCCGUUCCGGAGACGUGAUCGAGCCUCUGCUGAAGAAACAGUGGUUUGUUCGAUGUGAGGAGAUGGCACAGAAGGCAAUUCGGGCCGUGGAUGACGGAGAGCUGGAGAUAAUUCCUCACUUCUACAGCAAAACGUGGAAGAACUGGCUGGCUAAUAUCAGCGACUGGUGCAUUUCCAGACAACUCUGGUGGGGACAUCAGAUUCCAGCGUACACAGUGACCUCACCGCGCUCCCCCACACAGGAGGAGCAGGAGCGGUGGGUCUGGGGCCGGAGUGAAUCAGAGGCCAGGGAGCGCGCCGCUGCCAAAUUUGGAAUGGACCCUCACGCUGUUGUCCUGACUCGAGAUCCAGAUGUGUUAGACACGUGGUUCUCUUCCGGUCUUUUCCCUUUCGCGAUGUUGGGCUGGCCGGAGCAGACCGAUGACCUAAAGCACUUUUAUCCCAACACCCUUCUGGAGACAGGAAGUGACCUCAUCUUCUUCUGGGUGGCCCGGAUGGUAAUGCUAGGCACUGAGCUGACGGGACAGCUGCCCUUUAAACAGGUGCUCUUCCACUCCCUGGUAAGAGAUAAGCACGGUCGGAAGAUGAGCAAGUCUUUGGGGAACGUCAUCGACCCUCUGGAUGUUAUCUCGGGUGUCUCUCUGGAGAGACUUCAAGAAAAAGUAAUGGAAGGAAACUUGGAUGCAAGAGAGCGAGCGGUCGCCCUGGAGGCACAGAGGAAAGAUUUCCCAAAGGGUAUCCCAGAAUGCGGGACAGACGCGUUGCGGUUCGCGCUCUGCUCCUAUAAAGCUCAAGGAGAGGAUAUCAGCAUGUCCGUGUCCCAUGUCCUGAGCUGUAGACACUUCUGUAAUAAGAUGUGGCAGACGGUUCGAUUCACUCUGGGAGCUUUGCAGGACGCAGGAGCUCCUCUGGUGCCACUGGAGGAGACCUUUCCUGUGUCGAGAAUAGACAGAUGGAUCUGUUCGCGACUUUACAGUACAGUAAUACAGUGUGAUAAAGGCUUUGAGAGCUAUGAGCUCCACACGGUCACCUCUGCUCUGCAUUCCUUCUGGCUCCACAGCCUCUGCGAUGUGUAUCUGGAAUGCACGAAGCCAGUUUUGAAACAGGACGUGAAUAAAACUGAAGUGCAAAAUGAGGAGAGGCAGAUUGCCACGGCUGUGCUCUAUCACUGCGUGUCCGUCUCUCUCCGCCUCCUUUCCCCUUUCAUGCCUUUUCUCACAGAAGAGCUCUGGCAAAGAUUGCAGCCCUUCAGCCCCGACCCUACUACACUUCCAGCCAGUGUGUGUCUGCAGCCAUAUCCAACAGCCUCUCAGCUGGAGCAUUGGCACUUUCCUGAAGAGGAAGCAGAUUUUCCCGUGGUACAGGAUGUGGUCAGGGUGGCCAGGUCACUCAGAGCCCAGCGCCACAUGACGAGGGAAAGACCUGACAUGUGGGCGGUGUGCACAACAGACCAAGCACAAACACUCCACAGCUUCAGUCACGCUAUUUGCAUCCUGGGCUGGAUCGGUAAUCUUCAUCUGCACUGUCCUCAGGGAGGCAGCGGCUCCCUCCCGUUCCCCCCUGAACCACCUCCACGUGAAGGGACCACCAGUGGGGUGACUGACCAUUCAAUCCAGUUACACCUUGAUGUGCAGAGUUGCAGUAAUAAUAACAACCAGAUGCUCCUGCUCUCUCAGCGUAGAGAAAAACUUCUCUUUAAACUUGAGCAAUUCCUGUCUCGGACAAGAGUACCAAACUACACAGAGAAGGUUCCUGAUCACAUUCGGCAGGAGACGGGAAAUAAGAUUGCAGCACUGAAGCACGAACUAAAGAGCAUUGAGAAACAACUGUUAGCUUUGGAGACGGCCAGAAAAGAGUCCAGAUAAUGAACACAAAGUACAGCUUGGGUAACAACAGCAAAUAAUGUGGAACAAAAUCAACUAGAGACUGUGGCGGGAAAAUCUUUUUUAUUUAAAAUUAUUGACUGGGUGAAGAUUAAAUAUAAUGAAAUGUCGUUGUAGAAAGUAUUUGUAUACAUGAAAUAAAUGAUCCAUCAUGUAUACAUGUCUGGAAUUUUUUUUUUAAUUACAGUUUAAUUUGAUGAUGUUGUUUAUGGUGUUUUUUAAUGGCAUUGUUUCUGGAUUAAUUAAAUAAUUUCCAUGUUAUUAUUGUUUAAUUUGUAAUUAUUUAGGCAGAUAUAACCAAGCAUACGUUGCAGUCACAAUGAACUGUUUU